ACGGCUAGCGGUACGGUAAGACAGCUCCAUUAAUAAAGUAACGGUUCGAUCUGGUCUGUUCUGGCUUCAGACAUGUCUGAACCACGUAACAAGAAAUUAAAAACCAUUGUUCCAGUCUGUAAAACCCAUUGUUCUUUAAUGGGUAGUAAAGUGAAGCAAAAUCUGCCUGGCAUCGUGGAGGAAGGUUUAUGUGGAGUUUCUACUGCGAUUAUGGAGUUCUCGUACCGUCUGCAAGCGCUGGCUAAGAUCUUUGAUCAGGAUGACCUAGCUUUGCCCCGUGUGGCAGCGUAUUUACAUCAUGAGUCUGAGAGGGAGCAGGAACGGGCUGAAGCCAUGCUUCACUACCUGUCUGAACGUGGGGGACGAUACUGCAACAAAGUUAUUGGGCGCCCAGGCACAGAGCAGGUGUGUGCUCUGCUUCCCGCUCUAGUGUUGUUGCUGGGUCAGUGGAAGGAGGAGAUGAACAUCAUAGUGGAACUGUGUGAGUUAGCACGUGAGCAUGGGGACGCUCACUCUGCAAGUGUCCUUAAGAGCCAUUUCCUUCAGCCACUCGUCCCAAAAAUCAAACUGCUAGGUGAUCUGUUGACCAAUGCUCGGAGAGUGGGCUGCACCAAUAAAGGCAGUGGAGGUUAUGGAGAGUAUCUCAUUGAUCAGUUGUAUGGGGAACUGACCAGUGCUUGAACUUUCAAUAAGUCAAAUAAAUUGUUCAAAUAAUCCAAUAAAGAUCCUGACCAGCUGUACUUUUUAGAAUUUGCCUUGGUAAACAGAAUGCAAAACUUUCAUGCAAACACUUUUUUUUGGAAUUGCUUGGGAAGCACUUUUUGUGUAUUUAAAAUUUUCUGCACUUCUUGUUAAAAUUUAUUUUUAAAACAACUAAAUUAUUUUUUAUAGUAAGUUUUUAUAGUAAUCGAAAUAUAUUUUUGAAUCACCACCUCUUUUCUAUUUACAAUUUUCACAAGACAUUAUUUUCCUUAUCAGCUUGAGUGAUUGUGCUGUAAGAAUUUGCAUACAUUUUUAAAUGUAAAGCCUGACCUUUUUAGGGACACAUAUACUCAUAGAAGUGGUUGGGCUCAUUUUCGAGCUGUUUGGGUGACCACAGUUCAAUAAAUUGUCAUGUGUGUUGUCUUUGUGUUUUGUAGUUUUAACUGUGUACAUAUAUUUAUUUAAUAAAGUGUAUAUAAAGUAAA